GUUCCUUAGAGAAUUUCACACAAUAUUUACAAAUUUUCCCUUCUCCCUUGUCCUAUUUUCCAAUUUCUCUUCUUCUUUUUUACCUCAUUCUCUUUCUUUAGACUAAGUAGUUUCCUUGGCCUCAACCUUUGUUUUAAUGUUUCCUAUUUGUUUAAUCCUAAGUUAAACAAUUCUUGCAUCCUUUCCUUUUCUUUCUUCCCUUUCCUUUUAGAAGGCAAGAGGACUUCUAUUCUUGAAUUUAUUAAUUUAUGAAUUCAUCAGUUAAUGCUCAACUAUUUUCCUUGUGUUGUGUUUUUAGACUUAUAUACGGUUGGUGGGGUAUUGUCAGAACAGUAUGCAAUUCCAAUUACUCCAAAUCCUGAACGAAAAAAGCACUAGUAUGUUAUUGCAGUGUCGGAGCAAGAAGACCUUGUGUCUUAUAUAAACUCAGGCAUAUGAAUAAUUCUAGAUAUAAGUAAAUGAUUUGCCACUAGAACAUGUAAAAUUGGUUUUAUUAUGUUUUAAUGACUGUACAUGUUGUUUAAGCGUGUCAAUCAAGCAAUUUUAUGCAGCCGUGACAUCUGUUGUUGAAUUCACAUUGUUGCUGCAACAAUGAGCAACAAAAGACACUCUUUUAUUUUCAUUACUGCCUUCAACAAACGGCUAACUCAAAUUUCUUAGCAAGGGUGUUUCUUCAUGUGGAUAUGAGGUGAAGGAAUGCCAUUGACUAUAUAUAGAUGAGCUUUCCUGAGUUUAUCGACAUAUCCAGUGAUGAGGAAGAUGAAGAAAUGGGUGUCAAAGACGUUAAACCUAUAUUACCAUCUGAUACGAUCCAGGGAAAUGCAAACUGUGAAGUUGUACAUAAUCAGCUAGACCAUGAAGAAUUUUAUGUAAAACAAAUUCUUCAAGCACAAAUAAAUUCUAAUGAAGUUAACGGCAUUUCAUACGGUUCUUACAUAGCAGACCAAGAGAGAAAUCCUACUGAUCAGUUAUGCCUUGCAUCUUCAUCACCUGGUUCCUCAGUUGCACUUUGCCGGCAGUUUUGGAAGUCUGGGGACUACAAAGUUGGACAGACUCGUGCUCCCGUACAUCAAAAUGGCAAAAAUCGCUUGCGCAUCCAUCCAAAAUUUCUUCAUUCAAAUGCAACUUCACAUAAGUGGGCUUUUGGUGCCAUAGCUGAACUGCUCGACAAUGCGAUUGAUGAGGUUCAAAAUGGGGCCACUUUUGUAAUUAUAGACAGAUUCACUAAUCCGCGGAAUGGAGAAGCGGCUUUGCUAAUUCAUGAUGAUGGAGGUGGAAUGGAUCCAGAAUCCUUGAGACGAUGUAUGAGUUUUGGAUUUUCCGAUAAACAAUCAGAUGCUACCAUUGGACAGUAUGGAAAUGGUUUCAAGACUAGUACUAUGAGACUUGGAGCAGAUGUGAUUGUUUUUAGCCGUUGCUCGAAUAAAAGGAUGUUAACACAAAGUGUUGGGCUCCUUUCUUAUACCUUCCUAAGACAAACAGGUUCUGAUGAUAUAGUGGUGCCAGUGGUAGAUUAUGAGUUCAAUCCAUCGACUGGAGCAUUUGAAAGCAAAUUGCGUACUGAUGAAAAUCAGUUCUCCACCAACUUGUCUACUCUCUUGAGAUGGUCCCCCUUUGUGUCAGAAUCUGAGCUGUUGGAGCAAUUCAGCGACAUAGGACACCACGGUACGAAAGUAAUAGUGUUCAACCUGUGGUAUAGUGAUGAUGGGGAUAUGGAGCUUGAUUUUCAAUCUGAUCCGAAGGAUAUCCUGAUCAACAAAACACAAAAGAAUAUGAACAGAGUCCAUGAGCUGACCAAGAAAAAUGUUGCUACUAGACUACAGUAUUCUCUUCGGGCAUAUUCAUCUAUCUUAUAUCUUCGUGUGCCGGAAACAUUUAAGAUAAUCUUGCGUGGAGAAGUAGUCAUGCAACAUCAUGUAGUUAACGAUCUUAUAUACUUGGAGUGCGUUAUGUAUAGACCACAAGUUGAAGGAUACCCUGAGGUGCUGACUACCAUUGGAUUUGAAGACGGUGCUCCAAAUGUUGAUGUUCAAGGAUUUAAUGUCUACCACAAGAACCGUCUUAUACUACCUUUUUGGAAAGUUACAAAUAAUUCAUACGGUAAAGGCAGGGGAGUUGUUGGUGUACUUGAGGCAAAUUUUGUUAAACCUACGCAUGACAAGCAAGACUUUGAAAAGUCAUCCAUCUAUCAAAAGCUUGAAAACCGCUUGAAAGAAAUGACAUAUGAAUAUUGGGACUUACAUUGUCAUUUACUUGGUUACAAACCGGUUAAAAGGGCAAUUCAUCACAUGGGUUCAAUUGCCGAGACUCGUCUGAGAAUAUCUAAAAGCGCUCGCAGAUUUUCUGACCCCGGAACUUCACAUAUUCCGGUUGUGAAGGAUCCUGGAGUCCCAUCAGGCAGAACACAGCAGCAGUUAACCAUAUACAAUCCUCAGGAUCAAACUGGUUUACCGCAAAAAAGGAAACUGGAAAGGGAAAUUUCUGUAUCAAGAUUAUUAAGAAGGCAGGCCCUUCAGGAUGUUUUCACGAGAAGGGCAACUGGAACUGGUGACGGUCACGAGACACAGUUGGAACAGUCUGCUGAACAGAAGCGAAGGAGAGAGAUUAAAAACAUGAUGCAAGUGAACAAGAACCUACGUGAACAAUGCUUGGAAUUCGAGCAGAGAGAGAAAGAGCUUUUGAUCAAGGAAGAAAAACUAAGAAGAGAGCUGAGAUCUUUUCAACAACUUCACAAGAAACUAUCUACCGAGCUCAAUGCCUUGGCUGAGGUGAAGGAGGAAAAAUUGUGACAUAGUUUUUCUUUUUCUAUUAAUUUAUUUAAGUUCAGAUGUGCGUUUCACCUUCCUCAGGUGACCCUUUAGUAUAUUAGCGACGCAUUGUUGUAAAUUCAUUUGACAAGGAUAAGCAAGUACUUGAACGUAGAGCAUGAGAAAUGGGAAAAAUUACCCGAUGAGACUAAUCACUAGAAAUUUUUUUUGCAGUAUUCCCUGUAUCAGUCUUGAACUAAGGUUGUUGGAUCAUUUAUGUAUGCUUCAUUUGCUAUACACGGUGAAUUUUGUGCCAGUGGCUUAUGUAUUUUUGCUGUAACACCCAGUAAUCUUGUGAUGCUGUACUUGUUUCGAUUAGUCAUCUUUUGAACAGAAA